AUGAACAGAAACAACAUCAACAACAACAACACCAUCUCAAGAAAUGGAAACAACAGCACCACCCAGGCUUGCGCGGCUUGUAAGUACCAACGCAGGAAGUGCGCUCCUGACUGCAUUCUCGCACCUUAUUUUCCUCACGAUCGCCAACGACAAUUCCUAAAUGCCCAUAAAUUAUUUGGUGUUAGCAGCAUCACCAAAAUCAUCAAGGAUCUUGACCCUCACGACAAAGACCAAGCCAUGCGCACCAUCAUUUAUCAAUCUGACAUGAGAGCUAGUGAUCCUGUUGGUGGUUGCUACAGAUACAUUCAAGACCUUCAAGCCAAUAUUGAAUAUUACAGGGCUGAGCUUGAGCUUGUCCUUCAACAACUCGCCAUUUUCAGGGCACAAGCUCAACAACAACACCAACACCAUGUUUAUGGUACAACAACAGCAGCAAUCAACAUCAAUAAUGUUGAUGAUGUUAUGAAUGCAGAUCCAUUGAGCUUAUAUAACUCGUCAGCUCAUUACUCCUAUCUUCAACAAAUGACACAACAGGAACAGUACAUCAUGGCACACGAGACCAAUGAAAAUAACAUCAAUAACAACAACAACACCCCUUUGCAAGAACAUGUUAAUACCUGGGCCAUGCAGAACUCCAUGUCCCUUUCAUCCUUGUCAUUGCAGGGUCAAACUAGUAACGCAAGUGAUGAAUAUGAUCAUAAGCCAAUGCUUGAUAUACCUUCUGAUGAAAGAAGUGAAUUAGGAUUCGAGUCUGAAGAACUAAUCCACCGCAGUGAUGAAGCAGUUUUGUUUAAGAUAGACGAUGCAGUAAUAAAAGGAGAGGCUGACUGCAUCCAACAAUCUCAGGAUCAUGAUCUGAAAGGUGCAGCAACUUUGUUUACUCUCACAAAUUGUAGUAGCUGA